GUAAGCAGAGCAGACACACCGAUGCGAAGCGAAGGGCCGCCGUGCGCGCGCGCGUAGUGGAACGUCGGGCUGCCUCGCAUCGCUUGCGCGGUUGGGCAGCAGUCCUGGACAAUGCAGGGCUCAUUGGAGGAGGACCUGGCGGCGCUGCGGAAGCUGCGCGACGACGACUCGAGCGGUGCGCUCAAAGAGUACUUUGGGGACAGCGAGGACCCGCGCGAGUGGAGCGGUGUCACGGUGAAGGACGGCCGCGUGACGAAGCUCAUCUUCUACGAGUGCACAAACCUCGCCGCGCUGCCGGCCGCGAUCGGCGAGCUCGGCGCGCUGACGUAUUUGAGCUUGUACAAAUGCACAAGCCUCGCCGCGCUGCCGGACGCGAUCGGCAAGCUCGGCGCGCUGACGGAGCUCAACUUGGGCGGGUGCUCAAGCCUCACGUACCCUCCGGAGGAGAUGCGCGGCAACGUGCACAAAACCGUCGGCUUCUGUUGUCUCAACCUAUUGGAAGGUGGCGACGUGUCUGCUGCAGACGUACAGAAGAGUAUCUUAAAUCACGUGAUCGCCGAUCCUGCCCACGACGAGCGCGUCGACGCGCUCGUACGCAAGGACCCGGUGUUGGCCGACAUCGUCAAGGUCAAGGAACAGCUAGAAAAUGACCUCGCCGCUCUGCGGAAGCUGCGCGACGACGACGCGAGCGGUGCGCUCAAGGAGUUCUUUGGGGACGGCGAGGACCCGCGCAAGUGGAAAGACGAAGAUGGAGAUGAAGUCGUCACGGUGGCGGACGGUCGGGUGACGAAGCUCAACGUGUACAAAUGCUCGAAACUCGCCGAGCUGCCGGCCGCGAUCGGCGAGCUCAAAGCGCUGAGAGGGCUCAACUUGUCCUACUGCUCGAGCCUCGCCGCGCUGCCGGCCACGAUCGGCGAGCUCAAAGCGCUGACGACGCUCAACUUGCGCGAGUGCUCGAGCCUCGCCGCGCUGCCGGCCACGAUUGGCGAGCUCGGCGCGCUGGAGGCGCUUAUUUUGGAAGGGUGCUCGAGCAUCGCCGCGCUGCCGGCCGCGAUCGGUGGGCUCGGCGCGCUGACGGGGCUCGAUUUGUACGGCUGCUCGAGCCUCGCCACGCUACCGGAGUCGAUCGGCGGCCUCGAUGCGCUGGCCAGCCUCGACUUGGCAAAUUGCCCCAAUUUGGUGUUCCCCCCUGGACACACGCACGGCGACACCAAGCGAGUCAAGCGCCUCCUCGCGAACACGACCCGCUUCCUCGCCGGCAAGCUCAAGGCGGCCGACGCGGACGACGACGCGAAGGCGGACUUUACGGAGGGCGCAAUCCACCACGCGCCCUUCGCUGACCGCCUCGAAGAAGCAGUAAGAAAGGACCCGGCGCUCGCCGACCUCACGAACGAGAAAGGCGAACGCGCCAUCGACCUCGCCUGUUUAGAAUGCCGGCGCGCCAUGCAAAAAGCCCUCUUCUUCCUUGGGCGCUACGACGUCGACAAAGGCCCGCCGGAGCACCGGUCCGCGACGUCACUCGUCGUGCGCGCCGUCGACCACGAGGCGGCCGACGAUUACGGGAAACUAUUUGUCGAGUUCGACAAGGAUAGUAACGGAACAUUGGACGCGAGCGAACUCGAAGCUCUCGCGGCGAAGUUGGGCACAAAUGUCGAGAUCUUCGAAAUAGAAGACGAUGGUGUCGCAAAGGACGCCUUCGUCGCAAAAUGCCAGCGGCUCUUCGGCAAGGAGCGCAAGGUGGUCAUCAAGGUCUUCCAGGUCGAAGAGCAGUGGCGCAACGAGAAGCGGGGCCGCGACGAUCAACAGCUCGACGCGCGCUACGUCGUGCAGACGAUCCCGGCGCCCACGGACGACGAAUUUGCUGAUGGGCUGAAAAGCAGCACACGCUUCGGCGAAGGCGUCGGUUCUCGCGCCAUCGUCAUGGACGCCGCCGAUCGCAAUCUCUUCCAGAUCUACCAGUCGGAGCGGCCGGAUCUGAACGCGGUCCGGACUCUGAUGCAGCAGGUCAUGGAGUGCGUCCAGCAUCUACACGGGAAGGGGCUCGUCCAUGGCGACAUCAAGAUGCUCAACGUCGUGCGACUGUCUCUCGACAAUCGCCUACGUUUGAUUGAUUUGGACGCUGCUGCAAAAUUUAGCCGUCAUGGCGGAGACUACGUAUGCUCGAAGUUCUCUUCAGCGAUUUUGCCGCCGGAGUGCUUCGCCAAGCUCGAUGCCGGUCAAGUGACGAAAUUCGAAGCUUACUUUGAAGGCGUCGGCGCGGAGCUCCGGGAGAAGGUCGCGCCGAAGGUCGACAAGCGCGGCGCGUCGUACGUCGUCAAGACGUUCUCUUUAACCGAGGAUGGUGCUCCGAAACGAAUUGAUAGUCUGCCGUACGAGCCCGUGGAAGCGUCAGUAGCUGUCGACUACUGGUCGCUCGGCGCGCUCCUGUUCCAGCUGGUGGCCGGCGAACCGCUCGUGCCCUCGAAUCGCGACGACGACUGUGUUAACGCCAAAAGUAUGGCCAUCUUGGCCUCUUGGAACGACGACGCUGCAAAAAGGAAUUUAGCUGUAAUCAAGGACGCCGCGGCCUGGGAUCUCGCAUCGAAGUUGCUCGUCCGCGACCCUGAACAGCGAGCAAAAUUUAGCAUCGCCGACGCGCUCGCACGGCACCCGUUUUUUCAUCCCGAGAGCGGCGACGCGGAGAUUAAAAAGCAACUGGACGCGAUGCAGACGACGCUGGACUCCGUCAAGGCCGACACGUCCUCUAUUCUGAGGUUGAGCGAGGAGCACCGCGACGAGCUACGGAAGACGCGCAGCACGAUCAUACGGGCUAUAUAUGAAGCCACGGAGGUCUCGACGCCGACGGCGUUCGUCGUUCUGAAGGAGAAACUCCCGACGGGGGAGGCCAGGGUCGAGUUGACGUUGAACGAUGACGGCACUGGGUUUUCGGUGGAGGGCGAGGCCGUCGACGACGCAAAGGACCGCUACGAAGAGAGCAAGACCUGGCUGAAUCUUUGUGCGCAAUUCGGGCGCGGCGUCGCGAAGUGCAGCCCAUCGGCCAUCGCCGACGCCGUCACUGGCGCCUGCGCGGAGCUCGUCGUCGGCGAGGAGAUGUGGUUAUACCUCGUCGACGAGCUGACGGGGAAACCAGUGGUCCCAGAGGUCGAUCCGGAUGAUGAUGAGGAGCCACUAUAUCCCAUUCGCAUCACCAAGCCGGCCGAGGUCGUUGCGAAGCUCUUACCGGUCAUGCAGGUCGGCCUGCACGCGGCGUCGCUCGUCAACGGCGUUUCGGGGGUUGUGCGGCUCUUCGGCUACCCGUGCCCCAAAGUUCCCGAGGCGUGGCGCGAGGGCGCGCAAAAUUCGGUCGACGUGUUGAAGCAGGAGAGCUCGGUCGAGGCCUUCGGCGCGGUCCACGAGAAGGUGCAGGACGGCGGCGAAGAGACGGAGACGGUUCGAGGCGCGGGCCUGCGGGAGCUGGCGGCCUUCUUCGCAGAAAAAGAUCGGGACGGGGAGUACGCGGGACUGCGACGAAUAGGCGACGACGAUGGCACAGCUGUGUGGACCGCGUUGACGGACCCGGAAGAAGUAAAGGCGGCGCUCGAGGCGCGGGCCAAGGAACGGCGCGCGGAGACAAAGCGAGGGGAGGCCGACUACGCGGCGUAUUUGAGGGAGAAGGCCGCGGGCGGCGGCGCCAGCGAAGACGCGGGCAGCGACGCCGGCGACGCCGACGCCGACGCCGUGGACGACGCCAGCCCCGACGCGAGCGGCGACGCCACCGCGGCCAUGACCGCGACCACUCCGGCAGCCGGUGGCGGCCCCGCGGCCGCGCGCGCCCUCUCGACCCUGAGCAUCGGGGAGCCCGCGGCGUUGGCUCUCCGCGACCCGCCCGGCGCGGCGGACGGGCAGCGGACCUGGUGGGCCGCGGACGUCGAGGAGCGCCUCGCGCGCCUCGAGCGGCGCAGCGUCGAAACGCGCCUCGACCGGCUCGAGGCGUCGGUGCGCGCCGACCCCAGUGCCCGGGCCGGCGUCGAGGAGCGGCUCGCCGGCCUCGAGGAGCGGCUGGCAGGAAUCAAUUGGGCGUAUUAA